AUGUAUUGCUUUUGUUUCAUUGUAUUUAAGCCUACUUCUCCUAUUCCUUCAUUUCCCCUUUGUUCUUUUUUUGGGAAUUCUCACUUCACCCUUAUGGCUGAAUACAGGACAUUUUUCAUUGGCCUGGAAUUGAUUCUCAAUGCCUUAUUUCCUACGCUUUUAUUGUCAAAUGAUCUGUGGAUUCUCGUGCCCUACGCUUGCUCUAUCCUUUUUCCAGCUAGCGUUCUCUUGUAUAUUUACUUCAAAAAGAGGCUGUACUUCAAAAAAUACCUUUGUAGAGCUUAUGUUCCAAGUCUAAAAUUAAUAGUCUUUACGCAAUCUAUUAAUUUUAUUAUACUGUUUACCAUGUAUUAUUUUAUAAUCCUUGUGCCUGGCAUAUUUUCCUUCAAUGCUCUAUGGGCAGUUAGCCAUCUUAUGAUUUCUGCUGGAAUAUACUUUUUGCUACUAUUCCAAAAGGAAAGGAAUAGAGCUGUGAUUGCAUACACACGGCAUCAAUACAAGCUUGGAAUUAUUGCCAGAGACAUUGGUGGUGAAAAUGGAUUGAAAAAGGGACAGCCAGUAGAGAUUAUUGAAGAAAUACCAGGUGGAUAUGUUGUUAAAGAUAGUUCUAAGCAUGAUUAUCAAGUAAAAACUGAGGACAUUGAAUCAAUCAUUGAUGUUGUUUAG